AUGGCAGAGAAAGAACAACCCGGCAGUCCCCUGAUGGCUGAGUCCCAUCCCGACUCGUCAUCGGGAACCAGUCAUGUUCCCGAAGUCACAUACACCGAGAAGCGGACGAGAAAGGCCAGCGUCAUCCCUGCAGAGCCCAUCCCUCCGCCUACCGGCAUCCUGGGCUUCUUCUCCCGCCUCGGAAAUCUGCCCGAAUGGUCCGUCCGGGGGAAGCGCCUGUCAGGCACGGCCCUCAACUGGUCCAUCGGCUGCAUCGCUUCAUGUGGCUUUCUCAUGUUCGGCUACGACCAGGGCGUGCUGAGUGCCCUGCUCACACUCGAUAGCUUCCAAAAGUCCAUCCCGCUCAUGACGCCCCUCACAAAGGCGAACCCCCUCUGCUGGCUCGACGAUGCGCACACGGUGCGCAACAUGGACAUGUGUACUGGCGAUCCCAACACGCAGGCUGCUGCGGUGGCCAUCUACCAGAUCGGAUGCUUCCUUGGUGCCGUCGUUAUCUUGUACUACGGAGAAGCGUUCGGACGCAAGUCUUCCACCUUUUGGGGCAGUCUCAUCAUGAUUAUCGGCACGAUCAUGCAGGCCAGCGCCUUCGAGUAUGGUCUCUUUACUGCCGGUCGCAUCGUUGGCGGUGUCGGCAACGGCAUGGUCACAUCCACUAUUCCAACCUGGCAGUCUGAGUGCGCUCGCCCUCACCAGCGUGGCUUCCUGAUCACCCUCUCGGGUGCCCUCAUCUCGGGUGGUAUCAUGAUCGCCUACUGGAUCGACUACGGCUUCUACUUCCUCGAGGGCGAUGUGCGUUGGCGCUUCCCCAUUGCCUUCCAGUCCUUCUUCACCGUCAUCGUCAUGUGGGGUCUGCUGUACCUUCCCGAGUCCCCCCGCUGGCUGGCCAUGAGGGGCCGCAUGGAAGAUGCUCGGGAGGUCACAUCCCGCCUUCUAGGAAAGGAGAUCGAUGAUCCCCAGGUGAACGCCGAGAUCCAGACCAUCACCGACGCCCUCGAGCUUCAGAGCCGUGACGGCACUUUCAGGUACAGGGAGCUCCUCACCAACGGUCCCUCGCAGAACCUACGUCGUACCAUUCUCGGCAUCGCUGCCCAGUUCUUCCAGCAGAUCUGCGGUAUCAACCUCAUUACUUACUACGCCACGUUCGUGUUUGAGAACUCGCUGGGUUUCGGACCCGAGAUGUCGCGACUCCUGGCCUCGCUCAACGGUACAGAGUACUUCCUCGCCUCGCUCGUUGCCUUGCCCCUCAUUGAGAGGUUUGGCCGUCGCCCUCUGAUGCUCUUUGGUGCCUUUGGCAUGAUGGCCUCCAUGGCCAUCCUGGCCGGCUCGGCUUCGACCGGCGUCGUCAACGAGCAGGGUGCACCCGUGCUGAGUACCCUUUACGGUGUCGUGUGCACCGUAUUCCUCUUUGGAUUCAACACCUUCUUUGCCAUCGGCUGGCUCGGGAUGACGUGGCUCUACCCUGCCGAAAUCACCAACCUUCGCAUCCGCAUCCAGGCCAACGCCCUGUCGACGUGUUCCAACUGGCUGUCAAACUUCCUCAUCGUCAUGAUCACACCACCCGCCUUCUCCAACCUCGGAUACCGGACAUACAUCAUGUUUGCAGUCUUCAACGCGGCUAUCCUACCCUGUGUGUGGCUCUAUUUCCCCGAGCCCAAGGGUCGCAGCCUCGAGGAGCUAGACAUCAUCUUUGCCAGUGCCGAUGCUCUCAAGAUCAGUCCUGUCAAGAGGGCAAGGGAGAUGGAGCAUAUUGAAGGUUCUGCUCUCGAGGCUGAGAUUGACAAGUACUUUGGUCAGGGGGCUGAGGCCGGGCGUGCUUAG